CGCCCCCUGAUUCAUCAUCACAUACUCGCUCAGGAAAAAAAGAGAGGAGGCAGGAGUCUGUUCAUACAUCUGCAAUGGCCAUUGAGCUGCGCUCUGGUGUCAAAUAUGGCUCGUUUUUGUCUCUUGCAGUGGUGCUGGUGGCGUAUUGGUUCCGCUCGCCGGACAGCUCGGUUCUGGACGACAGGCUGGACGCGGUUCUGUCUUCGUUGCUGCGCGCGGAGCGGAAAGUGGGCAUGAACGGCGUGUCCAGACCGCGAGUGGCUAUAGGUUUUGGCGGCUGUGUGGAUAUCAUAGUCGAUGGAGUGACUCUGCUGAACAAAAUGGGUUUGAAGCCGACAGACCAGCCCCUCCAUCAUGACUACAUAGAGAACGCGGAGCAGCUGGCACAGAGUUUCGCUUACUUUUUCUCCCCCGGAGCUGCUUCAGAGAGGUUUGUGAUGAAUGAUACACUCUUCAGUGAGCUGGUAGAGGCUUCUCGAGAGUUACCAGGAAACAGGUGGUCAAUAGGAGGAAAUGCACCUGUCAUGGCCAGCAGGAUGGCGCUGGAAGGAUGUGAUGUGCUUUUAGGGGGCAGUUUCAGCACCGAUUUCACUGAUAUCCUCUCACAGCGCAUCACAGUGGCUGGAAACACAGUGGAUGAGCCAGACAUCCACCUGAUCCUGGAGUAUCCCACAGGUGCCACAUGGGGGCCGUACACCUCCCGAAGGGCCAACAGGUAUAUUGUCCAUAGCGAUGACCAUAAUCCAUAUCUGGACUCCAUGGAGCAAUUUCAGGAGAAGCUGAACAGCUUCAAACCAGAUCUGCUUGUUGUAGGAGGACUACAGAUGAUGGACAGCUUCCCUUUCAAGCAAGGAGAGCGUGAGGCUCUGCUGGGAAGGCUGGCGAAGAUGUUGUCCUCCGCAUCCCCGCAGACCGCUGUCCAUUUCGAAAUGGCCAGCUUCGUAGAUGAGAGUCUAAUGUCAGAUCUCCUAGAGUUUGUUCUUCCUCACGCCGACUCGUUAGGCAUGAACGAGCAAGAGCUGCCCAAUCUCCUGAGCCUUUUCCGUGGUAGCAACUUGACUGUGCUUUCCGACCCCAACCCACGCGUAGCUACAGUGCUGGACCAGAUGCGAGAACUCUACCGCUUGGUAAACCAGCGCCACCACGAGGCCGGAAUGGGUCGACCGCUCACACGUCUUCAUGUCCACACACUGGCUUUCCAGGCCAUCAUCGUCAAACGUGGCUCCAAGUGGAAGAACACCAUGUCGGCCACAGCCAAAGCAUCUCUGACCGCCAACCGGCACGUCUGCGGCUCGCCGGACAUCGAUCUCAGUAAAGCACGGCUGAUCAUGGACGAAUCGUUCUCUGUUAGCAGGCAAGAAGGAAGCCCGAGAAUUCCACUCCAGGAAUCUCGACCCAUUUCCUGCUGGGAUGAGGAUGGCUAUGAGGUUUGCGUGGCUCCUGUACUGGUGUGCACUGAGGUCUACCAGACUGCUGGAGGAGGAGACAACAUCUCUGCUGCUGGGCUUGUACUGCAGAUCUGAAUAUGAGUCAUCUUUUGUCUUUUUCUUUUCUUUUUUUUAUUGCAUUAUUUUUUUUUUUUUUUUGG